GCCCUUCUGGGGCCGCUACCAUUGGAAGCCUGGAACGCGUGGGGCGGGGCUGCGGUCGUUGGGCUCUGGCCAUUCCUGGUCAGGUCCGGACAGAGGGACAACGGGGUGCUAGAGAAGGAGAGCGGGGCGGGUGAGGAAGGGGCUGAGGGGGGCUGUGCCGGCCAUGGAGCUGUACCUCGGCGCCUGCUCCAAGCCUGCCAAUGUCGCCGUCACCAAGACGGUCGCCAGCGUCCUGGCCGCGGACACCCAGCAGUGCAGAGACGGUGUGCACAAAACCCACUUUGCAGGGGUUGGACCGGCUCAGCUACUGGACCUACCUCUCGGAGUCAAGCUGCCUGUGAUCCCAGGAAGCAAUGCUGUAUUCUAUACUACGAAUUUCGGUGAAAAGCUUUUUCGACCUUCUUAUGGUUUUAACCUGACUGAUCCCUAUUGUCGACUUUUGGAAAACCAAUAUAAAAGCCUCCAUGAUCCACAUUUAAAAGCAUACUAUAAGCGCAAAGAUAUUUUGAAGAGAUUAAAGAAAGGUGGCUACAUCACCAGCAAUAAUAAAGUUGUAUGUACCUUGAGAGAAUUGAAUAAGUACAGGCAAUAUCUUACCAGUUUAAAAUUAGACUUUGAGAGAAACUAUAUAAAAGAACAAAGAAUACUUGCAAAACAACUACAUAACAUACCGGAAAACAAUCAAAUCCCUCAACAUUGUGAUGUUGCACAAGUCCAAAACUGGUUGUUAAAGGAGGGCACUGAAUCUGUUAAGGACCAGGAGCGGCUGAUGAGGCAUAGAUAUUUGGAUAUGAUAAGUAGAAAACUAGAACAACUUGAACGCACAGCAGAAGAACAACGCCUAUUCCUAAUGGAUAGAGAAGAAAGACGACAGCGGGAACACACAAGAAGAAAACUUACUCUUCGUAGAAAAAUAGAAGAGGAAUGGAAGACAAAAGAGAUGUUACUUCUGACAAGGAUGGCAGAAGAUGUUAAAAGAGAAGAGAGGAUAGAAGAACAACGGCAUAGAAACAGAGAAGAGAGUGACAGGAAGAAACAAGAUCUUCUAGAGAAAAAAAUGGCUUAUCAUUUACAAAAAAUGCAAGAUACUGGCUUUAACGGAGAAGAUAUGGGAAAAAAUACAUUUAAAUACAGAGGUCAAGAUGGAACACAUGGUGAAUCUUCUCCAAAGAAUAAAAAGAAGACUUCUGAAGAUAUAAUCUUAGUUUAUCCUGCUGGAGACCAGAAUACAUAUAAAGAAACACAUGGACAUACAGCAAAUGCUGCUCAUCAGUGUCAAAAUAGUUCAAAUAAUUUUACGGAAAAAAACUCAGCUUCUGUUGUUUAUCAGGCAGAUGUGCAGGAUAAUGGUAUAAAUCAAAAGAGAGAUGGGAUGGUAUCUAAAAACUCAAGUAUUUUCGAUGAUAGAGGAGGCAUAAAUAUUUCAGGCCAAGGUUCAAUUAUUUCAGCUCAGGUAUCACCCACGAGAAAUUUUUCCAGAAUUUCACAGGCAUUUUUGGACCCUUCAAAAGAAGAGAAGGAGACAAAUGCUGAUUGGGAUGGAAGACCAACCAAGAGAUCAAGCUAUCUCUGCGAAUCAGGACCUCAGGCUCAUGCUACAGACCCGGGUAUAUUUUCUUCUCCUGUUUACACAAAUAUGCAACAGAACUUGCUGCAAAAUUGCUUGCAAGAAAAAGUAACUUCUGAAGAACUGAAUAUUAUAAUUCAGAAUAUAAUGACCUGGGUUGUGGCUACAGUGACCAGUAUAUUGUACCCAGCCAUCACAAAGUAUGAAGAAAGAUUGCAAAAUAAUACAUACCCAGUAUCUGAUGACUCCAUCCUCUCUUCAGAUAGUUCAAGUUGCUGUAGCACAUGCAGUGAAGACUUUACAUAUAGAAGCUACACAUCUGCAACAACUAAAACAUUUCAGGCAGAACCCUGUGCAUUUGUAGUUGACAUGUCAGUCAGGAGACCAACCACACCUAUAAAACCUCCUCCUGCACAUGUGGAAAAAACAGUUGUGGGGAAAACAUGUCACAUAAAAGGACAAUCUAUAAUCUCUAAACUUAAAUAUAAUAAAACCAACUUGCUAUAUUCAUACCCUAAGCUCAGAAGUUGUAAAUCAGAUAGUCACCUUUUAGCAUCAUUUGAAACGGGCACAAAAAAAUCUAAGGAUGCUACCACUGAAACAGAUAGCUUAGGGAGUUCAUUGCAUUGUGAUAAAACAGCAAAAGCCAUGGAUGAAAUGAAGAAUUUAAAAAAUGUUUUUGUUAACUUUAAAUGUUACUUGAAAGGGGAAACUGAAGUGAUUUUAGAAAGCAUUUUGCGAGAAAUAAUGUCUGAUUUAACCCAGGCCAUUCCCUCUCUCUCUUCUGUUACUGCUGAAGUUUUUGUUGAACAAUGUGAACGUGAAAAAGAAAUCUUGCUUUCCAAUGUUCAUAUUCCCUCAGUUGCUUCUGAGAUUGUGGAAAAUAUGCUUGAGAAGUUAGAGUCUGCAGUUGAGAAAAAAUGUGUUGAGAUGUUUUCACAAGAUUUGUCAGUCGACAUUAAACCAAGUUUAGCAGCCAGUGAUGAACUUCUCACAUCAUCUAAUGGAAAACCUUUGAAAAAUUCAGUGCCUCAUACUUUGGACCCAAUGUGUGAUAUUGCAGAGGACAUGGUGCAUGCCAUUUUAGAAAAGCUAAUGACUCUUGUUUCUUUUAAGCAAAAUGAAUUUCUUCAUCUUAAAGACACAACUAAGCUUUCCUGCCAGCAACAUAAGACAGACCCAAUAUGUAUGUUCCUUCAAAGAGCUGGCAAAAAUAAAUCUAGUCUUGAAUCUGAUGAAGCUAGUUUAAUUGUCAAUGAAGAAGUACAAAAUUUAAUAUCAAAUAUUUUUUCCCAGUCUUCUUUGGUUGCUUAUAUAGAGGAAGCAAUCAGUGCUAUACUAGGUUAUAUACAAACUGAACUAAAUAAUGAGAGAAUUAUUGCAUCUGAAGAAACAGUAGUACUCCUUCAGCUACUUGAUGACAUCCUUGUUCAGCUCCAUCAGGAACCAGUAAAUGAAAGUUUUCAAAAAAGUAGGCAACCUAGAAUAAGUAGUCCUUCUGACACCAAAGAAAAGUACAGACUCACUGGCACUAGAUUAUCAAAUAGUCCUAGGUCUGGAAGACCAGUUCCACCUAUAAAUGUUCCAGGCAUGGUUCUUUAUUCUGAUGAUGAAAAUGAGGAAAUAGACAAUAUUGUAAAAAAUGUGCUUGAUUCAACUUUCACAGAUGAAAAAGUAAAAUCACAAGAACAGAUUCCUAAUCAUUGGUUUACAAAGGGAAACACUUGUUUUGAAUGCAAAAGAAAUAUCAAACCACCUACAAAGCCUGGUUCUAGAAGCAAAGCUGCAUUUCAUGGUUGGGAAUUAAAGACUGAGCCACCAUCUACUAAUCAUGAAGAUAUUUUAAAGAAAAAACUUUCUUCGAAUAAAGACAUUUCAACUUUCAGCCAAGAUCAAAAGCAUCAAAUAGAAAAGGCUUCAGAAAACAUAGUCACAAGUAUUUUAAAGGAAAUGCUCAAGGACAUAUCUUCCGUUCCUUUUGGUCACUUAGACAGCAAAACUGGCAGUGAAGCUUCAGUUCUUGUUUCAGAAAAGCCUCAAGGACUGUCACAUCAAGAAUGGAUAGACCAGAUGUUUUCUGUUUCAGAAAUCAGUACAGUGGCUCAAGAAAUAACAGAUUCUGUGUUAAACAUACUUCAUAAGGCAUCAAACUACAUUUCCAAUACCACUAAAAGUUCCAUUUCAUCAUCAGUUCAUCAGACUUCCUUACAUAAUUCUGACACUGAACACAUAGUCAAAGAAGCACCAAAUAAAUACCCAUUAAAAACAUGGUUUGACAGUGAAAAGAAAAUGAAAUAUUUAUCUUUAUUUGACGUUGAUCCUGAAAAGCCUUCCCGGUUAAAAUCUGGAAAAAGUGAACCUAAACCUGUAGAUGACAUUAAUGAUAAGAUCAUUCGUACAAUUUUUAAAAGACUGAAGUCAUUUAUUUGUCCAAAAUUGCAUAUGGGCUUCAAAUCUUCAUUAAAAUCUCAACUUAGUAAGUACACAGCUAAAAUAGUAAACAUUGUUUUAUGUGCUAUCCAGAAUGAAUUGGAACUUCACAAGGAAAACCUAAAUCUUAGGGAGAUUGACCAUACCAAAUCCCUUACAGAUAAAGGAUUUUUUGCUAAUACUGAUAAAAAAUUAGAAUCUCUUGUCACGAGUAUUGAUGAUGACAUUUUGGCGAGUCCAUUAUUAACCUGUAUUUAUGAUAUGUUAUCAAGUGAAAAUGCACAUCAAAGAAGCAUUUCACUCUCUUCUCGUAAGCCAAGGUCUGCAACUGACAGUGUUGAUGUACAAAGCAUUUUGCCAAAUAGGCAGGAUAAAAAAUCUUUUCACAAAUAUUUGGCUACUCCUUGUACUCUCCACAGUGUCAAUGGUGGAAACCAUAUUAAAGAGAAUGCAAAAUUGCAAGUGUUAGAAAGAAUUGGGGAAACACUACAUGAAAUGUUAAGCAAGCUCCUGGGGACCCAUCUUCAUUCUCAGCUAUCUUGUAGUCAACAAAGCAGAGAGAUGACCAAUAAGAAUCAGAAAAUGGCUGCUGCAUUGCAGUCUAAUUUUCAGUUAAUUUCUAAAGCAAUUUUGGAUUAUAUCCUUGCAAAAUUAUGUGGUGUUGACAUGGAUACCAGUUUCGCAAGUUGUGGAUUAAAAGCUAUCUCAGAGUCUCUUGACAUUGACAACCCAUCAUUUGCUUCAAUUAUUGAGAAAAUGGCCAAAUCCACCAAAAUAAUCUCCAGCAUAGUUUCCAGAAGGGUUCAGGAGGACAAUAAAGAAGAGACUAAAAGCAAGGCAAAACCUGUUGCUCCUGUGUCUUCCAAAACACCAAGCACAAAAGAAAUGCAUCCAAAUAAACUGAAAGCUAUAGCUUCAGAUAUUCUUAAUAUGGUUUUUGCUAAACUGGAAGGGUUUGCCGAUGGACAUUUAGAAAUGUUGGGUGCUAUUAAUGAUGGAAAUAAGAAAAGCAAUAAGAUAGGCUGGGAAUAUGAAAGCACCAAUAUUUCCAGAGACACACAUGAAGCAUCAUUUCUGUCUGCUUUAUAUAUGCAUGCAAAGAAGGUAUCAAGUGCUAUUUUGAAGGUUAUUCAAACAGAAUUAAAUGUGACCUCAUCAGAUUUGAAGACAAGUGUAGAAAACCCACCACCUGAGACUCAAAUUCUUAAGGAUGUAGUCAAGUUAAUUUUAGAUGCAGUAUCUUCCGAUAUGUUUAAUGAAAUGGAAUCCGAAGGGGGAGGCAUUGAAACUUAUCGAUACAGGCCAACAUAUGGAAGUCUUCCUGGAGGAGCUGAAUCAGAUUCAUUUCUAGAAGAUGAUGCAUAUACAGAGAAAAAAGUUAUUGAUGAGAGAUCACCACAAAGAGAAGAAAUGAAAACACAUUCUCUUAAACAAUGGGCUCUAGAAAAAACCUUAAGCAAAAUUGAAGUAAAACUCAAAGAACCACAUAUAUCUCCAAUUACUCCCAUUAUAAGAAAUAUUUUGAAUGAAAUUUUUCAAAGUACUUUAAUCGAUCAAUUAAAUGUCCUUUCUCUCUCCCACUCUAAUUUUAAUGGCAUGCCUCACAAUGUUGAUGAGCCAACUCCCCAAACAUCUGUUCAAUUUAUGGAUAAAAUGAUGGAUCCUUUACUUUUGGAAGCAGAUAUAACCAUAGUAACAGAUAAUAUUGUUAGGACUGUAUUUCACAAACUGUAUUCAGCUGCCAUGACAGAAAGAAAUGUAAGGGAAAAUAGGUAUAAAACUAUCACUUUUUCAGCAAAUGUUUCUUCUCAUGAACACACCUAUAAAGGAAAGUCCUCUGUCACUGCUUUGGAUGAAAAUCCAUGUACUUUUCAGUCUAGAUUCAGCAUUGCUGACAAGGAGACAAAGGUAAAUCUAGCUGAAGAUAUUGUACAGGCAAUAUUAACAAAUUUAGAAACUUUUGCUACUUCCAAAGUAAAAUCUAUCUUUUAUUCUCAAGUCAACUUUACAGUCCCAGUGGCUUUACCUAUUCAGCAAGAUCACAGUACAUUGAGCAAAGCAUUAUCAGCCAAAGAUUCAUAUUCUGAUGAGCAAUUUUCCUGUUGCUCAGUAGAUCAUACCAAGUCAGGAAAGACCAACUUGUGCCAACUGUCUUUGUCUAAAUUAAAUACUUAUGCACUACAAGUGGCUAGAAAAAAUUUACAACGAAUCAAACAGGAAUUAGAUAAACAAAGGGAAAAUCCUUUUUUAACUCAUGACAUUGGGAUUUCUGAAAGUAUUGCAACUCAAAUUGUUAACGCAUUGUUAGACAUUAUAUCACGUAAAGGCAAAUGUGACAAAAACAGUUCUGACAAAGAGAUCGAUUUAGAUCAGCAAAAAGGUGUUAUUGAAAAGUUGCUCAAUGAGACCGAAUAUCGAAAAGUACUUCAACUUCAAAUACAAGACACAGUUGAAGGUAUCCUAUGUGAUAUUUAUGAAAAAACCCUGUUUCAGAAUAAUCUCUCAUUUGCCACACCCACUCUGAAAUGUAGCAUAGCUGAUAAACAUUCAGAAGAAAAUUCUGAAAUGUUCAUGGAGGGUGCAAAUAAGAUUAUUCCUAAGCUUUCAGUUCCUAAAUCAGAUGUCAUUUUGAUAUCCAAUGAUAUAGUGAAUAUUGUUCUUCAUAAUCUCAGUUCUGCUGUCACGCUUGUCAUAAAUGCAAAGAAUCCUACUUCCUCAAGAUUGCCCCUGACAUUUUGUGAUAUGUUUCCAAAAAUAGACUGUCAACAGCCUCUUAAGGGGUCAAAAACUGAAAGAAAAACAGAGCGUUUUUCAUAUUCAAGAAAUCAGAAAUCAGCUUAUGCUGAUGAUAAUCAGAUAACUGUAGUAGAGAAAGAAGACACUCAGAAAUCUGCUACUGACUCAUGUGAGGAGAAUGCUAACUUCAUUACUAAAACUAUUUUUAAACGUUUGGAAUCUUUUGCCACAGAAAGAAUAGAUUCAUUAAUUACCCUUGCUUUCCAAAGUAAAGAAAAGUCAUUUGUUAUCCCAGAAUUGGAAAAUUGUAAACAAAACGACAACAUCUUUUAUGAUUCAAGCCAAGUGGAAUCAGAUGUAAAUGUCCUGAAAAUAUCAGCAACUGAAACCAUUCUCAGCCAAGAGCUUACAGAUUUCACUUUUGUUGGUCGCAGAGAAAAACUUGGAUCCACAAUUCACCUAUCGCAAGCUAGGCUUAAGACAUAUGCUGACAUCAUUGCCAGUGCCAUUUUGAAGCUUAUUAAAAAUGACUUAGAAAUUCAAAAGAUAUAUCCAUAUCAAAACAAUAUUUUGUUCCAAGAAAACAUCAUUGUGAGUGAAAUUGUUGACAGUAUGUUAAAGAUGUUAGAUGAUAAAAGAUCUGUAAAGGAAAUUUGUUUUAAUUCAAAAGAGAAUUCUAACUUUUCACAAUUAGCUUUAUCAAAUGAAAUAUUGCUGGGUCACAAAGAGAAGGAAAGAAGUACCAAACAAUCUCUAUUUACAAAGAAUCCAUUAGAGCAAAACCAAAUGAUAUUGGAAAACAAAAGGCAGAUAAUUGUUUUGGAAGAAAUAUUUAUGAGAAAUGGAGAAUCAAAAAACAAAGAAAAAGGUGAACUGCUCAUUGCAGUGGAAGAACUUCUGAAUAAGUUGUAUCAAAGAGUAAUGGAAGUCACAGGCCAUUUGCCUCCACUUAAUGAAACUGCCAACUUUAUAUCUAAUUCUAAGAUUAAAACAUCAGACACAACACAGAAAAACAGUUUUCAAUCACAUAUUAACAGUGUAGCAAAUGACAUAGUUGAAAGUGUUUUGGGGAAAAUGUACUUGAUAGUUGUGACAUCAUUAUAUGAAAAUAAUAAAAGUAGGACAGAAGUUGAAAUAUCUGACCACAAUGAUUCCUUACUAAUGAAACCAUUAAGGUUUAGAGAAACUAAACAAGCAGGAAAAAUAAGUAAUUCCCCUAGAUAUGCAAUAUCACAGGCUUAUUCUUAUGUCGACAGUCAAAAUAUCUCUGUGAUGGAAAACACUCUUUUGCCAUAUUUACCAUUGCAAGUGAAGAAAGAGUUAAUUCAAAUGGUUCUCAAUAAGAUCACAAAUUUUGUCUCACUUCAUCUAGAAGAGAGUUUGUCCCCUGAGUAUUGUGCUGAUAAGCUGCAACUUUUAAGUCCACACACUUCAAAGGUGAGCCCUAAGGACAACCCUAAGCCAUGCUUUAAAGCACAUUUAAAAACAAGAUCAAAAAUUACCACUUUGCCUAAAUUUCCAAAAAAAACACACUUAGGACUGAGUGCUUCUAAGGCCAAAAGCAAAACCAAGUUAGGUCCUGGAGAGAAGACCCUAAAAGACAGCAGAUCCAAGACUGCCAUUGGGUUGUCACACAUCAUGUCAGCUGGAGAUGCCAAAAAUUUACUGGACACAAAAUUGCCCACUUCAGAACUAAAAAUAUAUGCCAAGGAUAUAAUAAUUAACAUCCUGGAAACAAUUGUGAAGGAAUUUGGAAAGGUAAAGCAAACCAAAGCUUUACCAUCUGAUCAAAUCAUAGCAGCAGGUAAAAUAGUUAAUACAGUUUUACAAGAAUUAUAUGUUACCAAUAACUGCAAUUUGGCUUACCCGAUCAAAUCCUCACAUCUCAGACUUUCACAGGGGAAUAUAGGCACAGGAUCCAUUCCUAAACAACAAGCAUGUUUUUACUUGGAGAAUGUUUCUUCACAGCUAGAGCACAUUUUUCCUAGAGAAGGUAUAUUUAAAAAAUUGUUUGACAAGUGGCAAACAGAAUCAAAUGACAAGGAAAAUGAAAAAUGUAAGCUAUUGAUGAUAGCUGAAAAUGUUUUGACUGAAAUUUCAAUAAAAGCAAAAGAAUUAGAAUAUUCUCUUUCACUUUUAAAUUUGCCCCCUCUUGAGAAUUGUGAAAGCAGGUUUUAUAAUCAUUUUAAAGGAGCUUCUACUAGAGCCGAGGAUACUAAAGCACAAAUUAAUAUGUUUGGAAGGGAAAUUGUUGAAAUGCUACUUGAAAAACUACAGCUAUGCUUUCUGUCCCAAAUUCCCACUCCAGAUAGUGAAGAAACUCUAUCAAACAGUAAAGAACACAUUACUGCUAAAAGUAAAUAUGGUUUUCCAAACAAGCAUAGCCUCAGCAGUUUACCAAUCUAUAACACAAAGACAAAAGACCAAAUUUCUGUGGGCUCCAGCAACCAAAUUGUUCAAGAGAUUGUAGAAAUGGUUUUAAACAUGUUAGAGUCAUUUGUGGACUUGCAGUUUAAACAUAUCUCCAAAUAUGAGUUUUCUGAAAUUGUGAAAAUGCCUAUAGAAAACCCUUCUUCUAUCCAACAGAAACCGUUAAACAAAAAAAUGUUGCCAAAAUUACAACCACUGAAAAUGUUUUCUGAUAAAUCCGAGUCAAAUACUAUUAAUUUCAAGGAAAACAUACAGAAUAUCCUUCUACGGGUUCAUUCAUUCCAUUCACAAUUACUUACAUAUGCUGUUAAUAUCAUCAGUGACAUGCUUGCUGUAAUUAAGAACAAGCUAGACAACAAAAUAAGCCAAAUGGAACCAUCUUCAAUUAGCAUAUUGAAAGAGAACAUUGUAGCAAGUGAGAUCAUUGGCACACUAAUGGACCAGUGUACUUAUUUCAAUGAGUCUUUGAUACAAAACCUUUCAAGAGAAAGUUUGUUCCAAGGAGCUGAAAAUGCCUACACUGUUAAUCAGGUUGAAUUAGCAACUAAUAUGAAAAUGUUCACAUCAAAGUUAAAGGAAGGUAGUUUGGGGAUUAAUCCUUCACAAGUGAGUAAAACUGGGUUUGUGUUUUGUUCAGAUGAAGAUAUGAAAGAAAAGUACAGGGUUUCAUCAGAUUUACCCACCUCUGUCAGAUCCUCUGUAGAAGACACAGUUAAAAACUCAGAGCCAACGAAAAGGCCUGAUUCAGAAACUAUGCCAUCGUGUUCUACUAGAAACAAAGUACAAGACCACAGACCAAGGGAAUCUAACUUUGGUAGUUUUGAUCAGACCAUGAAAGGAAAUAGCGACCUCCCUGAAGGCAGCAUCUUACAAAAGCUGCUUAGGAAAGCAAGUGACUCCACAGAAGCAGAAUUAAAGCAAGUCUUGUCAUUCAUAGAAAUGGGAAAAGGUGAAAAUCUAAGAGUGUUUCAUUAUGAGAACCUAAAACCAGUUGUUGAACCAAACCAAAUUCAGACAACCAUUUCCCCUCUCAAAAUAUGUUUAGCUGCAGAAAAUAUUGUCAAUACUGUGCUAUCCAGCUGUGGCUUUCCAAGUCAACAACACACUAAUGAGAACAGGGAAAUAAUGAAACCAUUUUUCAUAUCAAAACAAAGCUCUUUAUCUGAAGUAUCUGGAGGGCAAAAGGAUAACGAAAAAAGUUUGCUUAGAAUGCAGGAUAAAAAAAUCAACUAUAUACCUGAGGAAGAAAAUGAAAACCUUGAAGCCAGCCGGGAAGAUUCUUCUUUUUUGCAAAAAUUGAAAAAAAAGGAGUACCCAAAGAUAGAGACUGUGAAGGAAGUUGAAGCCUUUACUUUUGCUGAUCAUGAAAUGGGUUCCAAUGAAGUUCAUCUGAUAGCAAGACAUGUCACCACAUCUGUGGUCACAUAUUUGAAGAACUUUGAAACUACAGUUUUUAGUGAGGAAAACAUGUCUGUUUCUACAUGGUCAAGGAAAAAAUAUGAAUCAAAACAGUUCCUAAGAAACAUAUACGAUGACUCUUCAAUUUAUCAAUGUUGUGAACAUCUCACUGAGUCAGUACUUUACUAUUUAACUUCAAGCAUUUCUGAUGGCACCAAAAAGGGUAGAGAAAAAGAGAAAGCAUGGGAAAUUCAAGAAGCAACAUUUAGCAAGAUUAUUUCAAUUCAUUCUCAAGUGUUUGAGAGCAGGUCAAUUUCCAUUGGAGAACUUGCUUUAUGUAUUUCUGAAAUCAUUAUUAAAAUUCUUUUUAAUAAUAAAAUUAUACAGGCUGACAUUGCACAGAAAAUGGUUUCCAUACCAACAAAAUACACUUACUGUCCAGGAAUAGUUUCUGGUGGCUUUGAUGACCUCUUUCAGGAUCUCUUAGUAGGAGUGAUUCAUGUACUGUCCAAAGAAAUAGAAGUAGAUUAUCACUUUGAAAGCAAUGAAAGAAACAAAUCAUUUUCUAUGCAUAGAAAUAAUAGUGUACCCAUUUGCAACAAAAUCAAUAGACAGGCAAGCCCCAGAGACUGGCAAUUUUCUACUCAACAAAUUGAUCAACUUUUUCAAAAAAAUAAGUUAAGUUAUCUUGCAUGUAAGUUAAACAGCCUGGUUGGUAACCUAAAAACAAGUGAAUCCAAAGAAGUAGUCAAUAAAGUUUUUAAUAUUGUUUCAGAUUUAUUUUCACCAGAUGAAUGCCUAGAUAUGGGUAUGGAUUCUGGUAAAAUACAAAGAACAUAUUUCUACUCCUCAAAUAAUGAACAACCUAAUAGCAUACUUACCAAUAACCUACAGCUCUCCUCAAAAUCAGUUUUUCUUCUCAAUGUUGUAUGUGAGAAACUUAUCAGAAUACUUUUGGAAGAAUGCACAAGCACUGCUUUUCUUGAUAAAGGGUCUGUUUCAGAGGAAACAUCAGCAGAAGAAUGUCAACUUUUAAAAAUGCUUCAAAGUGUAGAAGAUGGAAAAUCUGAUUAUCGUAAGGGAGGAAUGGACUGUGAAUGCCUUCAAGUAGAUUACAUGUCAGACGUUUUGGAGAAUGUGGCAGAAAUUGAUCAAGACUUAUUGACAUCAGACUCUAUGCUUACUAUUAUUUCCCACAGCUUGGUUAAAUCAUUGAUGGACAAAUUAUCUCACAGCAUACAACAAGCUCCAGAAAGUCUACCUUUUGCAAAUAAGCAUUUGAACUACAGAACAAGAGAAAUACAGUCUAGUUUCACAAAAGCAAGAAAGUCAGAAUUAAUAGAAUUAGGACAGAGUAAAAGUUCUUUAGAACUCAGGAGCUAUGAUAGUAAUUCUUUGACAGUAUCCCUGAAUAAUCCCAGUGUGGUUAGCUCCAAAAUACAAGCACCAUUUGACAAGCAUUGUGCAGUAAAAUCCUCUUCUGUGUCACCUCUUGAAAGACAGAGAACAAAGGAAAUGGAUAAGGUAGCCAUUCAUAAUAAGCUACAUCAGGAAGGUAUAUAUGCUGGUGUUUAUUCAGCCACAUUUUUGGAAGGAAUAAUUUCAGAAUUGUUUUUUAAUCUCUCUAUGUCAUUGUGGGGCAAAAAUAAAAACAUCACUGUGUCCUGGCUCAAUGAGAUGAAUACAUUAUUUGUCAACAAUGUAGUGAAUGAAUUUAAUAAUGCUCAAGUCACUGUUCUACGGAAUGCUGAAGAAAGGCUGUGUUUUCCACCAGUUCAUAGAGAAACUGUUAGCAAAAUUGUUGACUCAGUUUAUUAUGAUGUUUUACAGCAGUAUGAAUUAAAAGUGGCCUGUGGUAAUAAUCCGAUAUACGACAAUGCCUCAAUAGCAGAACGAAUAACAAAUGGCAUAUUGUUAGAGAUUUUAGACUACAAACUGCCAUCUUGCUUCAAGGAACAUCUCAUACCCCAUUCAUAUUACCCUCUCAAACCUGAAAUUAUAUUGCAAAAGCUUCAGAGUAACCUAACAGAAUUUACUUCUCUACCCAGGUCUUCAUCAGACUAUAGUACCAUGUUAUCACAUUCAUUUUUAGAAGAUGUCAUAAGAAGGCUUUUAUCUCAGCUAAUUCCUCCACCCAUUACAUGUUCCUCUUUAGGAAAAAAAUAUUUAAUGAGUUCUGAUUUUAAUGAAAUGUCCACUUGUAUAAUAAAUAAGGUUAUGUCAGCCAUUUCAAAACAUAAAAUCUGGUUCACUAUAUAUGAUAAUCAAUAUCUAUAUACUGGAAAAAACCUCCAAAAGAUGGUGGAUUCUGUAUAUUGUAAUAUUUUGCAAAUGUCUGACUCUCUUGUUUCAAUACAAAAAAGUAUAGUAAGCCGAAGCCCAAUUAUGAUUGACCAAAUAGCCAGCUUUAUCAUCCAAGAGAUUAUCGAAAAUCAUCUUCAACCAUUUUUGAGUGGAGAGGUUUUAUGUCAUCCAAGGACUCCACUGGAUCCAGUGUCUACUAUUGUUAAACAGGUUCUGAGUGAAGUGAUAGAGUCACACAGACCUCAGAAGCAAUCACCUUUAGAUAUUCACCUUGAUUCAUUUGUAAGGGAGAUUGUUGCCAGACUUUUGUCAAAGAUUUUCAGCCCAAAGCAUAACACUGAAAUUGAGUUGAAAAACAUGACCCAAAGAAUAGUAAACUCCAUAAAUAGGCAUUUCAAUAAAGCUAAAAUUCACAUUCUCUAUGAUGACAAAGAACAGGCUUUCUCUUCUUUCAAUACAGAUAUUGUGGAUGAACUUGCCACCUCAGUUUAUAGAAAUGCUUUAAAGCAGCAUGGGCUAGACCUUGCUGUUGAUAAAGAGUCUGAAGACAGUGGCAUUUUCGUGGAAAAUAUUACCAAUUUAAUUGUAGCAGCUAUUUCAGAUUACCUUCUUCAUCCACUGUUUUCUGGGGAUUUUUCAGCUUCUACCUAUUCUAAUUCAGUGGCUGAGAAUAUUGUUCAGGACAUCCUUAGUAACAUCAGUAAAUCUACUGAGCCAAGCCAGAGUGUACCUCUAUAUAACACCUUGCUGCCAUACACAUUUUUAGAAGAUAUGAUCAGAGUACUAUUAUCUAAAUUAUUUUCUUCUGCAUCUAGCCUGGUUCUAAACAGAGACACCCAAAAAGAUAUAUCAAGAGUGAAUUUCAAUGACAUUGCUUCAAACCUAGUUAGUGAUAUUAGGAUGAAAGUUUCCCAACAUGAAAUUCGAUUUUCAAAAAAGGAAGAAGAAACCAAGUUUAUUUAUUCAGAAGAUGAUAUUCAGCACCUUGUUGAUUCAGUAUUUGAAAAUGUUGUGCAAACGUCUGGUUCUCAAGAAUCAGCUGUGCAAAAUAUCACAAGCAGUAAUGACAUUCUUAUUGAUAGAAUAGCAGGUUUCAUCAUUAAACAUAUCUGUCAAAAACAUCUUCAGCCAUUUGUGAGUGGAAAAUCAUUAUCUUCAUCAGACACAUAUUUUGAUGAUGAGAGAAAGCAGUUAUUUUAUACCAGUGUUUACUCUUCAACGUUCUUGGAAGAUGUAAUCUCUGGGGUUUUAAGAAAAAUAUUCCACAGGGUAGUAGGCAUUGUACAAACAAAAUCCAUAAGAGAUUCAGAAGAUGAACUGUUUGAGAAAGCUGAAGAACUCAUACAUUUGAUUACAGGGGAAUUCUCAAAAGCCCAAGUUAGCAUUAUAGAUAAUACUGAGGAAAGACUGUGUUUACCUCCAGUGGAGAGGGAUGUAGUCAAAACAAUUGUUGACAUGGUGUACAGCAAAGUUUUGCAAGAAUAUGAAAUGGAAGUCGUGCCCAAUAAAGAUUUUCUAAAUGACACAAAGACAUUGGCUGCAAGAAUAACUAAUAUCAUCCUGGCUGAAAUUUUUGAUUUCCAAAUUCAUCCAGAUCUUAUAGCAAAUCUGCCUUUUAAAUCACAUUCCAAACUCAGUGCAAAUGUUUUAAUACAAAGAGUUCAAUAUGAUAUAAGUAAAUCAAGAUUCCAAAGACAAGCUUCAACAAUGUAUACCACUAUGUUAUCACAUAGUCAUUUGGAAAAAAUAGUUACUCAGCUUACAUCUCAGAUAAGUCCAUUGAACACCAGUGCAGAGCAGUCAGAUACUACUAAAUCAGACUUAAGUAAUACAGUGAUAAAACUGAUAAAUGAAAUUAUGUCAAUAAUUUCAAAACAUGAAAUAUGUAUUAUUAAAUAUGGGAAUAAAAAACAGAGUAUGAUUUCAGCAAAAGAUAUCCAGUCUAUGGUUGAUUCCAUUUAUGCUGAUAUUUCUCAUUCAAAUAUAUACCAGUCCAUUACAAAAGAUAAAAAGAGCAUAAGUGACAUACCUGUUUCAAAAAUAGCGAGUUUUAUAAUAAAAGAAAUCUUUAACCAUCAUAUUCAAUCAUUUUUAUCUGAAGAUAAAACUCUCCUUUUGGCAGCAGUUGAUCAAACUUAUAAGUUGAAAGCAAUAGAUCCUAAACAAAGAGAAUUAUCUUUUAUUGUGAACUCAUCUGUCUUUUUGGAGGAAGUAAUUUCUGAGCUCUUAUGCAAAAUUCUUUAUGCAUUUUCACAUAACAUGUUGGUUACUGAAAACCCAGAUAGAGUGAAACUGAAACUUACCAGGAUUGUUACAACAUUGGUAAAUUCAAUUGUUCUGGAGUUCACCACAUCAGAGAUUUUAGUUGCAGAUAACUUUGAUAAAAAUUUGUGUUUCUCAGAAAGAUACAAAGAAAUGGUUCAAAAAAUAGUCAACUCAGUAUAUGGAAAAGUAUUAGAUCAAUAUAAAUCUCUGAUUCAAAUACAUAGGGUUAUACAAAGUGACACAAUAUGUUUUGGUAGGAAAAUAUAUUAUUUGCUAUUGGAAGAAAUAUAUGAUUAUCAAGUGCAGUCAUUAGUUUCAGGAGAAUUAGAGUCUUCUUCUUAUUCGUAUCCCCAAGCUGAUAAUAUCAUCAGAAAUGUGCUUAACAUAAUCACAAAGGAUAGUCAUGCCUUGCCAUCAUAUAUUACUGUGUUGCCUCAUUCUCUUUUAGAAGAUAUGGUUUACAGGCUCCUAGGGCAUGUCUUCCCUUCAACUCACACUGAAAAUGAACUAAAAGAGAAAAAGUUUCCACCGGAUGAUGAAUUUGUGGAUGCAGCUUCAAAAUUGACUGAUGAAAUUAUAAAAGAAAUUUCUGAACAUGAGAUUCGACUUUCCAUGGCAGAGGAUAAUGCAGAAAGUAUGCAGUUAGAACCUACUGAAAAUUUGGUCGACUCCAUAUGUAAUAAUAUUUUGAAAACAUCUGAAUUCCAAGCUGAAGUACAAAAAGAUGCAGACAAAAAAGGAUUCUCAUUCCUCAGUAAAUUAGCUGGUUUUAUUAUGAAAGAAAUCAUGUAUCAUCAUUUACAGCCAUUUUUACAUGGUGAAGAAUCAUCUUUCAGUGACUUAUCUGAUUAUGACCAUGUCUCUGAACUUUCUAAAUCUGGUAAAGAAAAGACACAGCCUUCUCUCUAUUCAGCUACAUUUUUGGAAGACAUAAUCAUUGACCUUGUUCACAAAUUUUGUUCUCUCCCCAUUAUUACUGAAGAUUCUAAGAAAAAUGAAAUGGCAGAGCUAGAUAUUAUGCGCUUGGCUCUAAAACUUGCAAAUUCUCUGAUAAGGGAAUUUAAGAAAAGUGAAAUUAAAGUUUUACCAAAUGCUGAAAAAAUGUUUUCUUUUCCACCAAUUGAUAAAGAGACAGUUGAUAAAAUAUCCAAUUUUGUAUAUGAUCAGUUCACAGAAAAAUGCACAUCUAAUGAUAUUCAAAAAGGUGAUGAAAGUAACAUUGCUAUAGGGAUGAUUGCUGCUCUAACCCAGAAGGCAAUAUCUGCAUUCAAGAUUCAACCACUUUUUUCAGGAGACUGGUCUUCCACCUUCUUUUCAUUUCUAAAUCCAGAUAAUAUCACCCAAAGGGUUCAACACCUACCACAAAACACCUUUACACAAAUAAGCGGAUGUGCAAAAGAGAACCAACUUUCUUUACCAGAUCAAUCAUAUAAAGAUACUUCUUCCACCCCAGAUUGCAAAAACAUCAUGAGCACUUUGGAAAUAAAUAGAGGUACAAUGAAUAGAAAGAAAAGUUUUAAAACCAAGGACACAUCAGUGAAAAAAGGUGACAUCCAAAAUCCAGUACUUAGCUCUAUAAAUGCAAUUAUGAAAAGUGGCAUGAUUAACCUAACAUCAGGGUUGGCUACAGGUGUGACAAAUAAAAAGGAAGUGGACGAAAAUAAAGUGGGAAUUUGUACUCAAAAACAUAGUGAGAAUGUAUCAAAAGUUACUUCAACUACCACUGUGAAAAGUAAAGAUACUCAGGAGCCAAAUUUGAGUGAAACAUUUAAUAAUAAUGAAAUUGAGAAGAAAAGAAAUUUAAUUCCAAGAGAUAAAAAAGGGAAAGAUGAUGAGAUAUACACACAUUUUUCAUUAAUAAUUGAUGAUACAGAAUAUGAGAAGGAAGUACUUGGAUCAGAUUCUGAAACAGGCUAUAAAAAGAAGAUUGACAGUGCACGAGAAAGCUCAUUUAAAAAAGAUGACAAGCUCUUUCAGUUAUCCUCCUUGAAGUCCAAGAGAAAUCUAGGGACUACAACAGAUACUUUGGAAAUAAGAACUCAAACAUCAAGCAAUGAGGGGAGAAGAGACUCUCCAACACAAACAUGUAGGGAUGAGGAACACCACUCAGAUUAUGAACAUGUUCAAAAUGUCAUUGAAAAUAUUUAUGAAGAUGUUUUAGAACUAUCUUCUUCUCCAGAACCAGCAUAUUAUUCGAAACUCAGUUAUGACCAAAGCCCCCCAGGUGAUAAUGUAUUAAAUGUAAUUCAAGAGAUUAGCAGGGAUUCGGCACAGUCUGUUACAAGAAAAAAAUUAUCCUCCUCAACUAACAAAAAUAUCUCUGCCAAAGAAAAAGAAGAGGAAGAGAGAGAAAAAGAGAAAGUAAGAGAGGAGAUUAAAAGUGAACCCAGUAAACCAGAUGAUCCUCAAAACCAACGAGAAAGUAAACCUGGAAUUUUUCCUGCUAAGUUUUUAGAAGAUGUUAUUACUGAGAUGGUUAAACAAUUGAUCUUUUCUUCUAUACCAGAAACACAAAUACAAGAUAGAUGUCAAAAUGUUAGUGAUAAGCAAAAUCAAGCCAAACUCUAUGACACUGCUAUGAAACUCAUCAAUUCACUGUUAAAGGAGUUCUCAGAUGCUCAAAUUAAGGUUUUCAGGCCAGAUAAGGGAAAUCAGUUCCCUGUGGGUAAAGUGUCUUCAGUUCCUAAAGUAUCUCCAAGGUAUAAAGAGCCAACUACAGAUGAAGCACCAUCCAGCAUUAAGAUAAAAUCUGCAGAUAAAAUGCCACCUAUGCAUAAAAUGAUGAGAAAACCUUCUUCAGAUAAGAUACCAUCAAUUGACAAAACAUUGGUCAAUAAAGUUGUUCACUCCUCUGUUUGUAAUAUUUUAAAUGAAUAUGGAUCUCAAGACUCUAUUUGUAAGAAUAUAAACAGUAAUGGAGAAAAUUUAGCAAGAAGACUAACUAAUGCAGUGAUAAAUGAAAUUUUCCAACAUCAGGUUAACUUGAUAUUUUGUGAUGAGGUUUCAGUUUCAGCAUGUUUGCCUCUGGAAUCUAAGGAUGUUGUUAAAAAGGUCCAAAAGUUGGCCCAAACAGCCAGCAAAGAAUGUCAAACUUCAUCACCAUAUACAAUAAUAUUACCUCAUAAAUUUUUGGAGAAUGUGAUUUCUGCUCUUUUAUCCAAAAUUUUCUCAACAAUAUCCAGCACAAAAACAAAAGAACCUGAGGACAAUUUGUCCACAGAACUGAAUUUCCUUCAAAUGAAGUUAGUAAGUGCAGUUGCAACAGAGAUCUCCCAAGAUAAAUAUAUGACUAUACAGUAUGUAGAAACCUUACAAUCUGAUGAUGAUGAAAUUAUUCAAUUAGUGGUUCAGUCUGUUUAUAAUAAUCUCUUGCCACAGUUUGGAUCACAAGAGAUUAUACAAAAUUGUGUAACCAGUGGAUGCAAAAUCCUUUCAGAAAACAUAGUUGACUUGGUUCUACGAGAAGUGGCUAGCAAUCAGCUGCAGAGCUAUUUUUGUGGAGAGCUAACUCCACAUCAGUGUGUGGAAGUUGAAAACAUCGUUGAAAAGAUCCUUAAAGAUGUUUUCCAAACUACUGAUGCGCCCCUACCUAAACCUUCACAUGCUGAUAAGCUGUCUUAUAACAUAAUAGAAGAAAUUGCUGUGAAAUUUUUAUCAAAGCUUUUAUCUAUAUUUCCAAAAGUACAUAAAGAAAGAACAAAAUCUCUAGAGACUGAUAUGCAAAAAAUAACUUCAAAAGUACUAAAUUCAGUCCAAGAAUUUAUCUCCAAAAGUAAGAUUAAACUUGUACCACCCACCAAGGAAUCACCUACUGUGCCUGUAGCUGAUAAUGCAACUAUUGAAAACAUAGUUAAUUCUAUUUAUACCAGUGUUUUAAAGCACUCUGGCUCUUAUACUUCUGUAUUUAAAGAUUUAAUGGGUAAAAGCAAUGUCCUCUCUGAUACAAUAGGCUUUUUAAUGGUGAAUGCAAUUUCGAAUUCUGAAUUUCAACCUCAAGUAGAGGAACAAGUAUCAAAUUCAGAAUUAGUUCUGGAAGCUGUCAAAAUUAUGGAAAAAGUGAUCAAAAUUAUUGAUGAACUUAAGUCUAAGGAAAAGUCUUCAUCCAGAAAAGGUUUGACAUUAGAUGCCAAACUUUUAGAAGAGGUGUUGGCCUUGUUCUUGGCUAAACUGAUAAGGUUGCCAAGUUCCUCAAGCAAAGAUGAAAAAAACUUAACAAAGCCUGAGUUAAAUAAAAUUGCAUCUCAACUGUCAAAAUUGGUAACAGCUGAAAUUUCCAGAAGUAGCAUUAGUCUAAUAGCUUCUGAUCCUGAAAAGCACUGUUUAAAUCCAGAAAAUACAGAAAGGAUUUAUCAGGUUGUCGAUUCUGUUUAUAGUAACAUACUGCAACAAUCAGGAACCAACAAAGAACUUUAUUAUGAUAUAAAAGAUACAAAUACAGCCUUUCCUAAAAAAGUGGCUAGUUUAAUUAUUGAUGGAGUUUCAAGUUUUCCAUUAGAUACAAUUAGCUCAACAAUUUCAAAUGCUGAUCUCUCUGGAGAGCUAGACGUUAAUAGAAUUGUUCAAAAGGCCCAAGAGCAUGCUUUUAAUGUGAUUCCUGAAUUAGAGCAAGAAAAGUUAGAUCAAAAUUUAUCUGAAGAGGAAUCUCCAAUUAAAAUAGUUCCACAUGUUGGAAAAAAACCAGUCAAAAUAGAUCCAAAAAUUAUUUCAGAACACUUAGCAGUUAUUUCUAUAAAAACUCAACCUCUUGAGAAACUUAAGCAGGAGUGUUUGAAAAGAACUGGACAUAGCAUAGCAGAACUGAGAAGAGCAUCAAUAAGUGGGAGAAAUUACUCCUUAGGAUCACCUGAUUUAGAAAAGAGAAAGAGAGAAAGACGUACCUCAUUGGAUAAGACUGGAAGACUGGAUGUAAAACCCUUAGAGGCCGUUGCUAGAAAUUCAUUUCAGAAUAUAAGAAAGCCUGAUAUUACAAAGGUGGAGCUCUUAAAAGAUGUUCAAAGUAAAAAUGAUCUUAUUGUUCGAUUAGUAGCUCAUGAUAUUGAUCAAGUGUAUUUGGAAAAUUACAUAAAAGAGGAACCAGAUUCUAAUGAAGAUGAAGUUGUUUUAACACAGACUUUUGCAAAAGAAGGCAUCAAAGUAUUUGAAGAUCAAGUGAAAGAAGUCAAGAAGCCAAUACAAAACAAACUUUCUCCUAAGUCAACACUAAGCACGAGCAGCCUGAAAAAAUUUUUGUCACUAAGUAAAUGUUGUCAGACCACAGCCAGUGCAAAUAUUGAAAGUACUGAAGCAAUCUCAAAUCAGGUAAUAGAAUCCAAGGAGACACAUGUUAAAAGAGCUGUUGCUGAGCUUGACAUGGCCACACCAAAGACGAUGCCUGAAACAGCCUCUUCAUCUUGGGAGGAAAAGCCCCAGUGUAAGAAAGAAGAAAAGAAUCUAGUUACUGAACCAACACAUUACUUCAUACACAGAAUUAUGAGUUCAUCUUCAUACAACCAAGAAGAUCUCAUUUCAUCUACUGGUGAGGCUGAAGAUUGUCACUCAGACCCAAGUGCUAAAAUAUUAGAAGAAAGUUCUCAGGAACAAAAGCCAGAGCAUGGAAACAGUGUUAAGUUUAUCACCAUCUUUGAAAGAUCCAAGGAUGUUCUUGGCAGUGCAAAUCCCUCAAAGGAAGUCAUUUCAGAAACUCCCAAGCCUGAUGUCUCCAAACAAGGAUCUAAAAUGCUGACAAAAAUGUCUUCAGCUUUGUCAAAGGUGUUUUCUCAAUGUAACACCAAUAUUUCCAGAUCUUCCUCACCAGCUCACCAGGAUGAACACUGAAGCUUUUGUACCUGAUAUAAGUAUGCUUACUUCUUUUAGAAAAUAAAAUGGUUUUUAAAGCAUAGUAUAGCGUCUUAUAAGAUGAUUCCUAUACUACUGAAAAUAAAAGCAAAAGGAAGUGUAGAAGGGACCAGGUAAAGAAGGGUUUAACAAAUGCUUUGAAUAAGCAUUUUGAUGUAAGAAAUGUUAAUAAUUAGUAUUACCUGUGUGCCAUGAGAGUAAGUGACUAAACACAUAAUUAUUAAACUAGACAACUCACAGUACCCACCAGAAAAUGCACAUUGAUUUCUCCUGUUAAAUUUUAGAGGAUGUUGUUACCAGGACAGUUAUUAAAUUGAGAUGAAAACCAAGCUGAAAAUGAAACUAUGCCACGGAUAAGUUUAUUGUUAAAGGCAUAUUUAGAUACUCAAAUAAAAGGAUUUAUACCAGAUAAAUUUUUCCCACCUGAAAGUAAAGUUAAUUUAGUUUAUGUCUCCCAGGCAAAAUGAUCCAACUGUAGACAAAGCAUCAUUUGAAAGUAAAUGAUAACUAUAUAUAAUUCCAUAUAUGCAUAAAAUGGGCCCUAUGAUAAAAAAAAAUCCUUGCAAGUAAGGUACCUCUUAUGGAUAAAAUAUCAAUCAAGAAAUCAUUGGUCAAUAAAGUUAUUAAAUAAUUUUCAGAAAUAUUAUACACAAAUAUAGAGAUCAAGAUCCAUUUGUAAAAACAAAAAGUAAUGGGAAAAAUUUAAUAAUAUGGCUAGCUAGUGCAGUGAUAAAAGAAAUUUUUCAAAAUUAGCUGAACUUGCUACUUUGUGAUAUAGUUCCAACGUCAGCAUGUUUGCCUCUGGAAUCCAAGGAUGUUUUAUAAAGAGAUUCAACAGAUGGACCAAGAAGCCGGGAAAGAAUGUCAAAUAUCAUCACCCAAAAAGGGUGACUCAUGAAUUUUUAGAGAAUGUGUAUUCUGUUUUAUCUAAAAUUUUCUUGACAAUUGCCACUAAUAAAGCAGAAACUUCUGAAAAAGUUUUGUUUUAAAACAACAAACUUCCUUUAAUGAAGUUGAUCUGUGCAGUAAUGACAGGGAAGAAAAAAGUGAUUACCUAGUCAAAUUUUUACAUAUAAAUAAUAAAAUUAUUUAACUGGCAAUUUAGUCUACUUAUAAUAAUCUCUUAAAAACAGAUUAAUCCCAAAGAUCAUACAAAAUUGCCUAACUUGUGGAUGCAGACCUUUUAAAAAAUGAUGGUUGGUGAGAAAUAGCUGGAAAUUCAUCUCUGAAUUAUUUUCAAAAGAGCUGACUCUACAUCAGUUUGCAUUAGUUGACAGUGUUGUUGAAAGCAUUCUUACAGAUGUCAUCCAAACCAAUGAUGUUUCCCAAACUUAGAUACUACGUGCUUAUAAGCUGUCUUUCAACAUAACAUUUCACUGUAAAAACUUAAAGCACUGUGAUUCACAUACUUAUCAACUGAAAAAUUUAAUAUAUAAACAUAAGAUACUCUGAAUUAAGAGGGUUUUUAAUGGUGAAGGAAAUUUCCCGUUUUCUCUGACUCAAGUAGAGGAAGGAACAUCAAGUUCAGAAUUAGUCCUUGAAGUUGACAAAAUUUUAGUAAGGAAUGGUUAAUGUUAUUGAGAAAUUUAAGUCCUAGGAAAAACCAUCCAGAAAUACUUCUGUGUUAGACAUCAUGUAUGUGAAACAUCAUCUUUAUUUUCAACAAAACUAGUAGGGUAAAUGUGCUAAAAGUAUCAAACACUGAAUUGAAAAAAUGUGUAUUAUUACCUGAUAAAACCUGUAGUGGCUAAAAUUUCUAAAAGUAACAUUAGUCUUCUAGCUAAUGACUAAUGCUAAAGCAAAAGAAAGUUUUUAAGAUUCAUAAAAUUUAAAUUAUUUCUUAUGUUGUUGAUUCUAUGUUUUACUAAAAUGGACUGGAAAACAUUUUGUGUGAAAGGCUAGAAAGUAGACAUUUUAGGUUUGUAGAUUCUCUGUCAAAUCUACUCCAUUAUGCUAUUGUGGCGCAAAACCAACCAUAUACAACACAUAAACAAAUAGAUGUGGAUGUGAUUCAAUAAAAAUUUCUUUAUAAACACUGAAA